AUGUCUAAACCUCAGCUGAGGGCCGUAACCCUAUCGAAACAACUUUUAAUCCUCCCGCGAACAAGCUCGUGCCAAUCUCGAUUCACACUUCAGCAGUACAAAUGCAUCUCGACCGGACGGAUGACACCCAAGAUUGCGGAUGCAUCGAUGUGGAAUUCGGUAAUACCCAAAUUUCUACGGAGCGAAAGUCAAAAGGGACCGAAACAAGGCACAGAUGCGGGAAUCAUGGAGCGACAUCCAUCAGUUUUCUACAUCCUCAUGUUCAUAUUAAUAGGCUCCCAAGCAAUCCAUCUGCUUCAACUUCGGACCUCUCAUGAGAAUUUUCUGCGAAGUACGAACUCGAAGAUACGCCAGCUAAGUGAGGUCAUUGACAGGCUCAAAAACGGCGAGGAUGUGGAUGUGAGGAAGACCCUUGGUACGGGAAACAAAGCAUCAGAGGAUGAAUGGGAAGAAGUACUAAGAGAGAUCGAACAAGAGGAGUUGGAAUGGAGGUCAAAACUUGAUGCCAUACAGUCCAAUGAAAAUCCUCAGCACUCCGAUACCCAAAAAGACCAGGGCACACCGAAGCGCCCUCCACAGUUCUACUAA